CGUGAUCUCGCCUAGGGAGAGAAAGCCCGACCCGGUCUCCUGCGUGCCCACCGGCGUCUCUCCGCAGCUCUCGGUUCCCCAGCGGAGCGUGGCGGCCAUGCGGCUCCCGUCGGCAGGCGGGCCCCGGCCGGGUCGUCCCCGCCGCCUGCCCGCGUUGCUGCUGCUGCUACUGCCGCUGCUGGGCGACUGCCAGGGGCUCGUGGGGGCGGCUCGCAGGCCCAACGUGCUGCUGCUGCUCACCGACGACCAGGACGCGGAGCUCGGCGGCAUGACGCCGCUGAAGAAAACCAAGGCCCUCAUUGGAGAGAAGGGGAUGACUUUCUCCAGCGCUUACGUGCCCAGUGCUCUUUGCUGUCCCAGCCGAGCCAGCAUCCUGACAGGAAAGUACCCCCACAACCAUCACGUGGUCAACAACACGCUGGAGGGGAACUGCAGCAGCAAGGCCUGGCAGAAGAUCCAGGAGCCGUACACGUUCCCUGCCAUCCUCAGGGCGGCGUGCGGCUAUCAAACCUUUUUUGCCGGGAAGUACUUGAACGAGUAUGGUGCCCCAGACGCAGGUGGACUGGAGCACAUCCCUCUGGGCUGGAGCUACUGGUACGCCUUGGAAAAGAAUUCCAAAUACUAUAACUACACCCUCUCUAUCAACGGGAAGGCGCGGAAGCACGGGGAGAACUACAGCGUGGACUACCUGACAGAUGUCCUGGCCAACCUCUCCCUGGACUUCCUGGACUACAAGUCCAACUCUGAGCCAUUCUUCAUGAUGAUCUCCACCCCAGCGCCCCACUCACCGUGGACAGCCGCGCCUCAGUACCAGAAGGCCUUCCAGAACAUCACCGCACCAAGGAGCAAGAACUUCAACAUCCACGGGACGAACAAGCACUGGCUAAUUAGGCAAGCCAAGACUCCCAUGACGAACUCGUCAAUACGGUUCUUAGAUGACGCCUUCAGGAGAAGGUGGCAAACCCUGCUCUCAGUUGACGACCUUGUGGAGAAACUGGUGAAGAGACUGGACUCGACCGGCGAGCUGGACAACACGUACAUCUUCUAUACCUCAGACAACGGCUACCAUACAGGGCAGUUCUCUUUGCCAAUAGACAAGCGGCAGCUGUAUGAGUUUGAUAUCAAAGUCCCACUGUUGGUUCGAGGGCCUGGGAUCAAACCAAACCAGACAAGCAAGAUGCUGGUCUCCAACAUCGACUUGGGCCCCACCAUCCUGGACCUCGCUGGCUAUGACCUGAACAAGACACAGAUGGACGGGGUGUCCCUGCUGCCCAUCCUGAGAGGAGACAGAAACUUCACCUGGAGGUCAGAUGUCCUGGUGGAGUACCAAGGAGAAGGCCGGAAUGUCACCGACCCGACCUGCCCUUCUUUGAGUCCUGGAGUGUCUCAAUGUUUCCCGGACUGUGUGUGUGAGGACGCGUACAACAACACGUAUGCCUGCGUGAGGACGCUGUCGUCGGCGUGGAACCUCCAGUACUGCGAGUUCGACGACCAGGAGGUGUUUGUCGAAGUCUAUAAUAUAACUGCAGAUCCAGACCAGAUCACCAACAUUGCUAAGAGCAUAGACCCCGAGCUUUUGGGGAAGAUGAACUACCGGCUUAUGAUGCUCCAGUCCUGCUCCGGGCCGACCUGUCGCACGCCAGGGGUCUUUGACCCAGGAUACAGGUUUGACCUGCGUCUCAUGUUCAGCAAUCAUGGCAGCGUCAGGAUGAGAAGGUUCUCGAAGCAUCCCCUGUAGCAGCCGUGCCCAGCCUCUGCACUUGGAUCCGUGCACACCCUUUUCCAAUGACGAGGUUGGAGUGGGAGCCGGUGCCUCGGGGAGCUCUGGCCCUGCUGUUUCAAGUCUUGUUUGAAAAAUAACCCAGUCAGCUGACUUCCAGUACUGUGAAUCUGCCCCCGUCAGAAGUGGCUGACCCUUUCUCUCUUCAAAUGACAACCACCACUCCUGAGGUCUUUUGUCCUCUCCUUGUCCCUUCAUCUCAGCUGGGCACAGUGUAUGAGUCCCCACGUGGUCAAGUCUGAAUCUGUAAAACUCUUCUGAUAAAUGGCAAUACUUCAGGGCAGAGAGAGAAAGCCUUUUGGUGUGUAGCUAGCCCCCAGAUCAAAGGCACUGCACAGCAUCUCACACAGCCCCCGCCGUCAAACACACAGCCCUGGAUGGAGCAGCUGUUUGUGGACACGUAGAGAAAGGACGUUCAUGGCAUCCGUUGUGGUGAAAGUGUGGCCUGUCACCCAGGCUCUGCCCUAAGAAGCGUUUCAGUGGCUCCAACCACUGAGAGAGCCCAGAAGCGUGGAGAAGGAACGGCCAGGGGUGGGGGUGGGGCUAGAUGCGCCUCCUGAGUGAGCAGACCGCAGGCUCCUGGGUCAUGGCUGAAGGGGGCACUUAGAAGUGCCUGUCGGAAGGGUUCUCACGGUCAGUGCCACACAAGUAUCCUGCCUGGCUGCAGUCAGCUGACAUUGUCGUUGGAACCAUCAGUGUCUCCUGGUGCAGAAGGACCAGCUGUUCCAUCCGCUCUCUGCUCACGGAAGCACUCAGGUUCCAGUCAGUACUCCCCUGACCAAGGCUCCCCCGAGGCCCAGAACAACACUCUGUUCCUCAGAGUCAGUUCUGCUCUGACAUGUCCAUAGGGGACUGAGGGCGGCAGGACAGCUCCGAGUGGAGAGCACGGAUCCCUUCCUUUCAUAGGCAGCCAGUGGGUUUAGCUUUACACAGCCUCUGUCCGGCUUUAACUUGUGAGACAGAGCUAAAGACAACUUUCAGAAUUCCAGCGGCCAUGCUGGGGUAACAGCCAUUGAGUUUAUUCGUUUACCUCAUGUGACCCCAGCAACCUUGGUGACACUGAGAGGCCAGCAGGCAGUGGAAUGGCCGCCUCUGCUGUGGCCACUUUAGAGGGAAAAAGUUUAUAAGUUUUAAACUGAAAGUUACAAAAUCAAAUGUGGUUACUGGUUUCAUUCACUCCCUUGGAAUCUAAACAUCACCAGUGAACUAGUGAAAGUUGACCACAGUUGUCCCUAAAUAAAGGUAAGCAGUUCCGACCAGGCCCCGGGCUGGAUGUCAUGGUCUUCAGUUUUAUGGCUGGCUCCUGAAAGCAGGUGACAUCAGAGUGACAGCAGUCGGCUGCAGGAGGUGUCCCUACCUCACGCACGGGACACAGUCAGAUGGUGGGACCUGAAAUGCCACUGUACCUCCCAGUUAAGGAGUGUUCCUGCAAACAUUCAAGUAGACCCCAGCCUGUGACAGACGCAGUGCAUGGCCUUCCCCCACAAGAGAUGCACUGCUGGAGGCCAGCCUCGGAGCUCUUCAAAAGGGAGAACCAUCAAAACCACACAAAUGCAGAGACUUUGCCUUAGAAGAUUUCCAGUUUUAAAACUGCCUCUCAGACACGAUUUCUUUUUGGUUUUUUUGGAUUUGGUUUUUUUGAGACAGGGUUUCUCUGUGUACCCCUGGCUGCUGGCUGUCCUAGAACUCACUCUGUAGACCAGUCUGGCCUCGAACUCAGAAAUCUGCCUGCCUCUGCCUCCCAGAGUGCUGGGAUUACAGGUGUGCGCCACCACCGCCCGGCUGACACAAUUUCAAAGUAGGGUACACAUUAGAGUGCCUGAGUCCCACACGAGGUACUGUUGCAAACAUGGCUAUGGGAGUAACACCUUCAUCUGUGGGAAGUAUUCUCAAACUUAGGAGUAUCUUUAUCUUCUUAUGUUAUCUAAUGAAAAAUGGCAGCCCAGAAUCCUCAAGAAAAGGCAAGGGUAUCGGCCGAUCCCCCGCUGGGGCAGAUGGGGUUCUUGGGCUCACCAGCACUUUACGCUCCAUGGACCUUGUAAAUUCUUUUGUCUGCACCACAGUUAGACACUCCUCUGCCCUGGAGCCAUCCUCUCAGCCACUCUCUUAGAAAGUGCCCUUCAACUGACCCUGUUCACUGCUGCACCUCUCAAUGAAUUAAAACCGAUUUCUGUUCUGGUG